AUGGCCUUCUCCGAGGAGGAGCGCUACAAGAUGCACCUGCUGGGCUUGCUGCCGCCCGGUAAAUUCACGCAAAACACGCAGGUCAAGCGCGUGAUGCGCGUCAUACGCGGCCUCUCCGACCCCACCGAGCAGCACCUUCACCUCCUCGGCCUGCUCGAGCGCAACGAGCGGCUCUUCUACCGCGUGCUCGUCGAGCACCAAGACGAACUCUUCCCAAUCAUAUACACCCCCACGGUGGGCCGCGUGUGCAAAAAGUUCAGCGAGGUCUUCUACGGCCCGAGGGCGCUGUACAUCACCAGCAGGGACAAGGGACGCAUCUACGACAUACUCAAGAACUGGCCGGAGAAGCACCUGAAGUUACUGGUGGUGACCGACGGCGAGCGCGUCAUGGGCCUCGGCGACUUGGGCGUCCAGGGCAUCGGCGUCGCCGUCGCCAAGUCGUGUCUGUACACCAGCAUGGGGGGUUUGGACCCCGCGGACGUCCUGCCGGUGUGCAUCGACGUCGGGACCAACAACGAAUCUCUGCUGAACGAUCCGCUGUACAUCGGUCAGAAGACGAGGAGGGUGGAAGGGGAAGCGUACGACGAGCUCAUGGACGAAUUCGUCGACGCGGUGAAGCUCAGGUUCGGCGACAGGGUCAUCGUCCAGUUCGAGGACUUCUCCAACCAGAACGGUAAGCGUCUGCAGGAACGAUACGCGACGCGCGCGGCGACGUUCAACGACGACAUCAGCGGCGUCGCGGCGACGACGCUCGCGGGCGUCAUAGCCAGUCUGCCGAAGACGGGUAUGAAAAAAGUCGGCGAUCACACGUUCCUCGUGGCGGGGGCUGGGGAGACCGGAACGGGGAUCGGGGAGAUGAUCGCCGAGUACAUCGCGCAGGACGAGAAGAUUCCCAUCAACGAGGCUCGCAAGAGGGUGUGGAUGGUGGACAGCAAGGGGCUCAUAACUCGGUCCCGAGCGGAGAAGGAGGAGGAUCUCGCGUUGCACAAGCUUCCGUGGGCGCACGGGGGUAAACGGGAGUGCGCGACGGUGCUGGAGGCGGUCGAGGCGGUGAGGCCGACCGCGUUGAUCGGCGCUGUGCUCCAGAAGAUGGGCGAAUGCGCGCAGGCGCCCUUAGUCUUCGCGCUGUCCCGUCCGGAGAACAUCGCGGAGUGCACCGCGAAGGAGGCGUACGACGCGACCGGCGGGCGGUGCGUGUUCGCGGGCGGGUGCCAGGUGGAGCCCUUCGUGCACGCCGGGCGGGGAGUCGAGAUUCGCGCCUCCACGUCGGCCUACGUCUUCCCCGGGUUCGCGUACGGAUUAACGCUGGCGGACGCGCACAGGGUGCGAACGCCCAUGUGGCUCGAAGCCGCCGAGGCGGUGGCCAGCAUGGUCACGGAGGAGGACCUCGGUAAGGGGGCCGUUUACCCGAGGAUGGCGAAGAUUCGCGAGGUGAGCGCCAUGGUGGCCGCAAGGGUCGCGAUGAAGUGCCACGAGAUGGGCGUCGCCUCGAUCCCGGGCAAGCCCCCGUCAUCGGCCAAGAUGCUCGCGGACGCCAAGCGGUUGAUGUACAACCCCGCGUACAGGUGCUACAUGUGA